GCCUCCCUCACCUACUAGUUCUCUCCUGUUUGGCAUCCCAGAGAUGGUCCAAAGUGAUUCCUCAGGGAAGAAUAGAGCGCAAAUCACCCGAGCACAGGAGCUGACGAGGAGCGGAGCCGCCGUUGCCCAGGACUGCCUCUUAAUUGCGCGUAAUCUUCCGUUUCAUUCAUCUGAGCAGAAGGAGACUUUGUAAAUAAAGCAACGGAGCGAAGGAGGCUGAAACGUGUUUCAUCUCCUUGGUUUUUUUCUUUCUCGCUGUGGACUGUUUGUUGCACAAACUGACAUUUUGCUCAUGUUUUUGUCAGCUGCACCUUGAUCCGGGGGACUGUCGCCAACUCAGUGCAGUCUCUCAUCCUGCGCUUCCCCUUUCAUCGCUCUCACGUUGUUCAUCUUCAUAGCUGCAGCUUCCCCCUCUUCUUCUUCUUUUUUUUUUUUCUUCUGGAGUCGCUGACAUGAGGUGCAGCUAACCCUGGAUGCUGACAGCUCCCCUUUUCCUUCCACAUGUCGCAUCUUUUGUUUACUUUGAGAAACACAGGCGCAACUAAAAGCCAAGUGAGAUAGACCACGCCACUUUGCUCCUCUGACAGCGCGAUCAAACAGACGCAAGAGGAGGGGAAGGCAGGGGAGAAAAAAAAAGAAAAAAGGAGGGAGCCAAAGGAGAGGAGAGGAGGAUAGAGAGAGAGAGGAGAGAGAGUGAGAGAGAGAUAGCGACAGUGUGAAGGUGCGUUUUGAUGUUUGGCAUCCACGAGAGCAUCCAGAGGAGUGGGAGUAGUAUGAAAGAAGAGCCCAUGGUGGCCGGGAUGAACGCGGUUCGGACAUGGAUGCAGGGCGCCGGAGUGCUGGACGCCAACACAGCCGCCCAGAGCGGAGUGGGUCUUGCUCGGGCACACUUCGAGAAACAGCCGCCCUCCAACCUUCGCAAGUCCAACUUCUUCCACUUCGUGCUGGCUUUGUACGACAGACAGGGUCAGCCGGUGGAAAUAGAGAGAACCACCUUCGUUGACUUUGUAGAGAAGGAAAAGGAAACGACGGGGGAAAAGACCAACAAUGGGAUCCAUUAUAGACUUCAGCUCCUCUACAGUAACGGGAUCAGGACAGAGCAGGACUUGUACGUUCGACUCAUCGACUCCAUGACUAAACAGGCAAUUGUCUAUGAGGGCCAGGAUAAAAACCCAGAGAUGUGUCGGGUCCUGUUGACCCACGAGAUCAUGUGCAGUCGAUGCUGCGAUAAGAAGAGUUGUGGCAACAGGAACGAGACCCCAUCAGACCCUGUCAUCAUCGACAGGUUCUUCCUCAAGUUCUUCCUGAAGUGUAACCAGAACUGCCUGAAGAAUGCAGGGAACCCUCGAGACAUGAGGCGUUUUCAGGUGGUUGUGUCGACUACGGUGAGCGUGGAGGGCCACGUCCUGGCCGUCUCCGACAACAUGUUCGUGCACAACAACUCCAAACACGGGCGCCGAGCUCGAAGACUGGACCCCUCAGAAGGAACACCGUCCUACCUGGAACACGCAACCCCCAGCAUCAAAGCCAUCAGCCCCAGCGAAGGCUGGACCACAGGGGGCGCUACCGUCAUCAUCAUCGGGGACAACUUCUUUGAUGGCCUGCAGGUCAUCUUCGGAACCAUGUUGGUCUGGAGUGAGCUGAUCACCCCCCAUGCCAUUCGUGUGCAAACUCCACCCAGACACAUCCCCGGGGUGGUGGAGGUCACGCUGUCCUACAAAUCCAAACAGUUCUGCAAAGGCACACCUGGACGCUUCAUCUACACAGCACUGAACGAGCCAACCAUAGACUACGGCUUCCAGAGGUUACAGAAGGUCAUCCCCAGACACCCCGGAGACCAAGAGAGAUUACCCAAGGAGGUGAUCUUAAAGAGAGCAGCAGACCUGGUAGAGGCUUUGUACGGGAUGCCUCACAAUAACCAGGAGAUGAUUCUGAAACGAGCGGCGGAUAUCGCAGAGGCCCUCUACACAACAGUGCCACGAGGGCACAACCAGCUAGCCAGUCUUGGCAGCGGCUCCGUCCAUGCUGGCAUGAUGGCUGUGAACUCCUUCACCGGGUCAGAGGUGGCACAAACAGCCAAUCAGGGUUUCAGUAGGAAUACAAGCAGUGUGUCCCCUCAUGGUUAUGUACCCAGCUCCACUCCCCAGCAGAGUAGCUACAGCUCUGUCUCCACUAGCAUGAAUGGCUACGCUAACUCUGGCAUGGCAACCCUGGGCACCUCGCCCAACUUCCUCAAUGGAUCCGCAGGCAACUCGCCCUAUGCUAUCGUCCCAUCAAGCCCCACAAUGGCCUCGUCGACCAGCCUGCCCUCCAACUGCAGCAGCUCCUCCGGCAUCUUCUCCUUCUCUCCGGCUAAUAUGGUGUCCGCCGCCGUAAAGCAGAAGAGCGCCUUUGCCCCCGUAGUGCGACCCCAGAACUCCCCUCCGCCCACGUGCACCAGCGCUAAUGCCAACAGCCUGCAAGAUCAGUCUUUUGUGGACUCUAGCAAGUACUCAUCAGCCAACGCUCUGCAGGGCCUGGCCUUCUCCUGAACAGCGAUUCCCGGGAUGAUCGUUCCACCCAUGUAGAGGAUCUGGGAUAGCUGGAGAUUUGGGAAGGUUGAGAGAGGAAAAGACACAGUAGCAGAGUCUGGCGAGUCUCUGUUAUGCUCCGGAGCUGAACUGAAGGAAGUCAAGAUAAGACGCAGGACUCUGUUAAACUCAGGCCUUUCCAUUGGGAUUUCAUCUGAAGGGAUAGGGGAGGAGAAAAAAGGGACAAUACGAACCUUUGUGAUGUUAUUUCCCUCUUGGUUGAAUUAGUGUAGCUUCUCUGACACCGCGUUGGAUGGAGUGUAUAGAGACUGAUAGUUUACCCACAGUGUGACACUGACCUCAUGAAAAGAGCAUUUAUUUAUCUUUAUGUUUAUGCCUGUAAGGUUUGGGUUUGAUUACUGGAGGCCCCACGCCGUCUUGCAAUCCAUAACUCACACAAACAACAGAGAAGUGUUGGUUUGGCCAUGAAGUUUACGUAACCUCUGUCACAAUAGAAGAUGCUUUCCCUAGUUCAGCCUGCUUGCUAAAACCACAUAAGAACACACUGGCCAAAUGGAACUAAGGUCAACAACACACACACACGCACACA